GCAUACAUACAGGAGACACAAGCACACUUGUUCUCUGCAAAUUAACACCUCUGACGCACCAACUCCAGCUAAACUGUGCAUGUUUUGCAUUGUUCUUAAGGGGAAUCAAUUAGGCAAAAUUCAUGCAAACACGGAAUAUAAAACGGCCAAACUUUGUCUAUUUCUCAGAGCGUUCAUAAAACUUGCAGAAUUUCCUACAGGUGGGACUAUAUACGCAAGGAGAUUACAUGCGAAUGGCUAUUUCAGCUGUGGCUAAGCCCGUGCUCAUCAGAGGAGGGAACCAGCUCGUCGGGAAAUAAUUUAGGAUUAGAUGGGCUGUCUAAUCUCUUUAUAGAGGGUGUGCCAUCUCAGCAGACAUACCUGCCUACCUCUACAUCCAUCUCAUAUCUCUUUAGGAACUACGCCUCUCUCUUUCCAUAUAUAUAGUAUGGAUAAUAAGUCCAAAGACGCCAGCGAUAGGUGCCUCUGCGCGUUACAUUGAAAUACGUUCUGCUGUUCAUAUUCUGUGCCUUUGGUUGUGACUGUACAUGGAGCUGCCAAUACACACCCAAAUCGAAGUCAUACCCUGCAAAAUCUGCGGAGACAAAUCAUCAGGUAUCCACUAUGGAGUCAUUACGUGUGAGGGAUGUAAGGGUUUCUUCAGACGGAGUCAGCAGAACAAUGCAGCGUACUCCUGCCCCCGCCAGAGGAACUGCCUCAUCGACAGAACGAACCGCAACCGCUGCCAACACUGCCGCCUGCAGAAAUGUCUCGCCCUAGGAAUGUCCAGAGAUGCGGUAAAGUUUGGCCGCAUGUCCAAAAAGCAACGCGACAGCCUGUAUGCAGAGGUCCAGAAGCACCAGGCGCGACUGGCGGAGCAGCGGCAGCAGCAGACGGGCGAGGCGGAAGCUCUGGCACGCGUUUACUCGUCCAGCCUAACCAACGGACUGUCCACCCUCAACCACGAGAUUGGGGGCACCUACGCCAACGGUCACGUCAUUGAGCUGCCCAAGGGUGGCCAUGGCAACGCAGGCGGAGUCCCAGGGGGAUACUAUGGGAUGGAUUCCACCCAGCCAUCUCCAGACCAGUCAGGUUUGGACAUGUCGGGCAUGAAGCACAUUAAGCAGGAGCCGGUGUAUGACCUGACGCCGGUGCCCAACCUGUUCAGCUACGGAGGCUACCAGGACAGUCAGCUGGGACCCAAUAACGUCAGCAUGGGAGAACUGGACCGUAUUGCUCAGAAUAUCAUCAAGUCCCACUUGGAGACGUGUCAGUACACAACAGAGGAGCUGCAGCAGCUGGCCUGGCAGACACACUCCUACGAAGAGGUCAAGAUGUACCAGAGCAAGCCCCGGGACGUGCUGUGGCAGCAGUGUGCCAUCCAGAUCACCCAUGCAAUCCAGUACGUGGUGGAGUUCGCCAAGCGCAUCUCAGGGUUCAUGGAACUGUGCCAGAAUGACCAGAUCCUCCUGCUCAAGUCAGGUUGUCUGGAGGUAGUCUUGGUGCGGAUGUGCAGGGCGUUCAACCCUCUCAACAACACUGUGCUCUUUGAAGGGAAGUACGGAGGCAUGCAGAUGUUCAAAGCUCUAGGUUGUGAUGACUUAGUGAGUGCGGUGUUUGACUUUGCCAAGAGUUUGUGUUCACUGCAGCUGACAGAGGAGGAGAUCGCUCUGUUCUCAGCGGCUGUACUAAUUUCCACAGAUCGGCCGUGGCUGAUGGAGCCUCGGAAAGUCCAAAAGCUCCAGGAGAAGAUCUACUUUGCUCUGCAGCACAUUAUGCAGAAGAACCACAUGGACGAAGACGCACUGGCUAAGCUGAUCAGCCGAAUCCCAACGUUGUCGGCCCUGUGCACGCUCCACACCGAGGAGCUCCAGGCCUUCCAGCAGCUCCACCCAGAAACAGUCAACGUCCUCUUCCCUCCGCUCUACAAAGAACUCUUCAACCCCGACCCCAACUCUGCCAUGGCCAUGCCCAAGUGACUGCCUGUGGUCCCAACGCAACAAACGGCAUCAGCGGAGGACCAAGAAAACAAGAAGACGGCCACGUCCGACGAGACGACAGCGGCCGUGUCAACUAUGUCACCAUCGUGGCAACCACAUAUUCCUGAGCUCCCCGAGCCUCAUCUCCGGCUGGGGGGUGAGGAGUCAUCUGCCAGAAACUUACAGUUACCGCCAACAAUACUAGGAAUGUCCAGCACUUAUCCCAUCCUGUUCACCGAUACAGUCUGAAGAAUGUAUAUAUAAAUGAAACGCGCCCCGAGCCACAACUUACAGAGGGGCUUCCUCCCGUUUCCUGAACUGAACUGACUGACCAGAAAUGUACAGACUUUAAAAACAACUAGGAACAAUUUUAAGCUCUCAAUCAUUAAAACAAAAAAAAUGGGUAAGUUAAUUUGUUUUAACUUUGAAAAAAAUCUUUUUUGGUUUGUUUGAUUUUUUUUUUAUUUUCACAUGAAGAAAUUGUGAAGUUGAAAGAGCUGGACGGGGAAGGGAAAUGUGGAUUUAGAGAAGCUAUUGUAGAUAUUCUUCUAGUGCAGAGCGGAUUCCAGUAUUACUUCUUGUUCUGUUAAAAUAAGUUAGUCCUAAUUUAAAUAUACAGCAGUCCACCGUGGCUGACUAUACCUUGUCUAUGUGUUUUUAUUUUAUUUGAUAGUUUCUUGUGUACAGAAUUUGUAAAGUUGAGACUUGUAAAAGAAUAUUUGGGUAAAAACCGGAAGUCGAUUCAGGUUUUGUUGAUAUAUAGAAGCCUUGUCUGGAUUUUGUUCAUAUGUAAAGAAGGUACCGCAUCCUUCUGAUGAGAACUUAUAGAAAUGUAAAGAGAGCAUAUGAAGGAUUUAAAAAGAAAAAUAAUGGCUACUACUUUUCAAGGUGAAGAUAUAUACGUAAAUAUUCUAUUUUGCAAGAAAAAAAAAGAAUCUGGCAGAUUUGCCAUCCUAUCAAUCAUUUUCUUCUCGCUGCAAUAAUUACGUCCAAUAAAAGCUGGACUGCUUUCGAACAAUCAACCAGAAACAACCAAUCAGAUACUAGGACCUCACAAUAAACCCCACCUCUUCCCAAAUUCCCCUCACCCUGCCCCUUACUUCUGAUGUAUUAGGGCCUUGACGUGAGAUUUCAGCAGACAGAAGUGGAUAGAAAUCACAAUGAAGAAGUGGAUAUAAACUCCACCAAAAAAAAAAUAAAGACAACCUUGAAUUGAACUCACAACUUUCCAAACUUCAAAAAGCCUGUAUGAGUGCUGUAUGCCCUCAUGUAUCCCAUCACUAUUUGCACAAUUCAGUCCGUGGAUGUCAAUCACUCCGGGCUGUGAAUAUGAAGGACCCUUUUCUCUAAAGAGCAAUAACUUUCACACUGCCUUUCUGAUCUUACUUCUCUCCUUUCCUCCUCUUCCUAUUUCCAGCUGUUCAAAACAGGGUAGCAGUUUUAACUAGAAUGCACUAUAUAUAUAUUUGACUCUUGAUCAUUGAUUAUGUCUAACAAUCAUCUCAUUCCACCGCAGACUCAGACACAAUAUGAUCUGGGGUUAGGAAAUAGCACAGAGCACUGACUGAAAGAUGUGAAUAAAGAUUAGCCUCCGAUGAUCUUUAACACUUUUAAAGCUGCAAUAUUACAUUGAUGAUUCACACAGAAAGCUGUAAAGUGUCAGACAAUCACCUUUUUUUGCUUUUUUUUGUUAUCAUUCCAUAAUUAUUAGCACUUAAAAAAAAAAUGUGUUUUUUUGUUGCUUUUUCUACAUUAAUGUUGAUUAGUAUUUGGCCACUGUGUAAAAUCGCACUGCCUUUACUGGGCAUUUAUACCAUCUAAGCAUGUUGUUAUCACCGUCUUUUUGCAUUCAGCAACUCGAUUAACUGUAUGAAUAACUUUUGCAAAGAGAUCCAUGAUGAGCUAUGACAAAUCUCCAAGUACUAACUAAAGAGCUUCCUUUAAAAUGAGCUAUUUACCAAAAUAAGUGACCCGCUACAUGAUAAUAUCAUUAAUCAGCUGAUGGUACUGUUACAGUUUGUUCCCUAAAUACUUGUUUGACAAAAUGAGAAAAGACAGCACUUAGACUUUUACCUCAACCUUAUUUAGUGGACUCUGAUCUAGUGUUAUUUAGGCACUAACAGUGGAGAUCUGCGUUAGGUUGUCUGUUCAUUGCACAGUGGCCAAAUCUUCAACUUGCUACACAGUCAGACUAGUUAUGCAUUCAUUAACAUUAAAAACACUUGAACCAUUUGCAUCCUCACAUGUUUUUCUCCGUAUAGUGAACAAACAAUGUCGACAGCACGGGGGAACGAGCGUCAAUGUUGAACAUUAGCGAUCUGCUCACAUCCAUCACAGGAUCUUUCCUCCGACCCCCUGACCCGACCCCAGAUCAGAGGCCAGUGACUAUUAAGACAAUCACUUGCUCAUUAAGGCUCGAUGCACUACACAGCAUCUCUCAGGGAGCAGCUCUUUUUCUGACUUUGCAUUAAAAGAGGGUUUAAUAUUUUUGCAAAAUUUACAAAAAAUUAUAAAAGAAUAACUUUUUAGGAUAAAAAAUGGCAUACGCCGCCAACGUAUGCUGGCAAUGGAAAUCUGCCCAGACAAGGCUUUGAUAAGUGUGUGUCUGUGUGUGUAUGUGUGUAUAGAGCAUGAAUUCACUGUCCAAUUCUCUUUAGAGCCCAGACAAUAUGACAAGCAUUGUUACGUAGCACACGAAGAAAAACAAAAAUAUAUAAAUAUACUGUAUGUCGGUGUGCUCUUGUCACCACUGUACACUCAUGUUUACUGCUUAUUUUGCUGCUUUUGGGACAGUGAGGGAAGUCCACUGGGAAGCUACGAAUCAAGCGCCAUGGGACAGUGAAUUCCAACUCUGAAUAUGAAGUUUUUGUGUGUGAUGCUAUUAUUAUUUUCCCUUGUUAGACUGUGAAUCAGAGGGGUGGGAUUGGGUUACGAGAGGGGAUGUGCUGGCAAGAACGAGUGGCAACGCAACACUGUAAGUAAGAUACUGUAGCAAUAAGAACUGGAGGCAUUUACUACUGUCAUGUUUGCAUUGUAAGAUUAUUUUUUAUUUUAUUACUAUUUACUAUUAUUAUUGUUCUUAUUAUGACUACUAUUCUUCUAUUACUAUUAGCCUAUUGUUGUUCUGUUCUAUUUGCAUGACGUUUCAUUGCAAUGAAACAUUUGGGGCUUAUUUGUGUUUUUCUCUUCUCAUGAUAUUGUGAGUUUUCGUGGGAGGGAGGGGUUAUCGGCAAGGCGGGCGACGGGUUCGGGGGCAAAUUCCACGUCAAUUCAGUCAGUUCAAAGCAAAUUCCUUUCACAAGCUGGAAGAAUUUUGAAAUAAAAUGCUCUUAUUUAUACACAACCGAUUUAAACUUUGUUGUUCGAUUUGAAAUUAUUGUUUUUUUCUCAACGUUUGAAUGUGUGAGUUGGUCAGUGAACGGCCCUUUUCUGAACUGGCCUUAUUGAACCGGAUCAGAGACCCUUAAACCUGCAGCGGGAGGGAACAAGGGGGGGCUGGGGAGGGGGUGUGGGGGGGGGGUAAUCUAUUCUGAAUGUUAUGGAGUAACCUGUUCAGUGUGAGGGGCUGAACGCAUCAUGCGCCUUUACCACUCCAUCAACACAGAAUGACAUCGCAGAGCGCACAAUAAAACCAGUCGUCGAUACUACGCAACGGCUCGGGCAAACUGCGCAGACAUUUUUUAAUACACUUGGUUUUAAAUGCAUUUCCUACACUUAGACAAAUACACUCCACCCCAAACCUCCUCCUCCCUUUCCUGAGAAAACCUGUGUGUGAGUGUGUGUGUGUGUGUGUGAGAGAGAGAGAGAGAGAGAGAGAGAGAGAGAGAGAGAGACGGAGAGAAUGAGAUGUUUGCUCUACCAAUGCUUUGUAAACUUUCUUGAUGCAUUACACAUGCGUGCAAUUUGGAGUAGUGUUGAAAAUUGUUAAUUUAUUGUUUAGAAUGUCUUUGCGUCCCAGCAAGAGCAAAUAAAAACAAAAAUGUAGCACUCUGUAAACCGAAACCUGAAAGGUGCUCGGGCUACAGAACCUCUUUUACACAGGACUAACAAAACAAAACAAAAAAAAUACAAUAAAAUGAGACUUUUUUUUUUGUUUGUUUUCAAAGUGCCAUAGCUAGUGAGGAGAGGAAGGAUUGGCAGAGUGGGGCGUAGAUGCUUUACUGUGUGAGUUUACUUGAGAAACCAAUCAAAAAAGGGGAACUCCAAGGAAAAUGUGUAUUUGAUUACACUGACGAACAGUUUUUACAUUUUAUGCUUUUUUCAUUUGGUGAGAGAGGGGACUCUGCUGAACUCUGAACUCUGACUCUACUACAAAUCCAUCAGCUCUGCUGCAGAUUUUUUAUUUUCACGUUGAGAAUGAAAGAGUGUGUGUGUGCGUGCAUUUGCAUUAAGGAGAGCCACAAAACACCCACAUUCGAUGGAUCAGCAUGGGUUGAAGUUCAGAGCUAUGCAGGGCCCUGACUGAGUCCUCCUUUGAGAUGUAUAUACAAUGUGAAGGUCUGAAGUGAUUUUUGUUAAAUUCUAUAUUUUAUCGCUUUUGUAGACAUUUUGUUGUGGGAAGAAAAAAAAUAAAAUAAAUUUUAUGGGUG